GUCUCUGCCUCUCUGACUCACUCUGUUCUCGGAUCGUUCAGCAGCUCUCCGCUUCUUCUUCUUCUCUUUCUCUGUGAGUAUUAAGCUUAAAAUGAAGAACAUUUUUAUUGGCUCUGAUAAUAUCAUGUUUUGUUGUAAUAAGACGUUUACGGUCGGGGAAAUCAGCCGUUUAUUGUUGUUUUUGUGUUAAAAUUUCGCUCUCAUCCAUCACAUCCAGCUGUCUUGCGCUCCUCUCUGCCGCUGUGAAGUUAAAGGCUGUGCCGGUACCGGGAAGUUUAACGUCUUCAAAACGGGAUUAACAUUUAAUUAAAUCCAGAUGGAUCCAUUUAAAACGACAUUGCUCUUCCUAAUGUAAAUACUGAUAAAUAACACCGCUGUUUUCACCUUUGUUGGAAAUGUUGUUUCAAAUGGGAUUUAUAUUACAUCGAUUUAUUUACAAAUACAAAUAAUAUUACCUUAAAGUCAAUGUAAUUAUUUAAAAAUUUAUCACUUUGACCGUAUUUCUGUGUCGUAUCUAACAUACCUAGGGCUGUUUCAACUAUGACACAUUGCCAGGUUGUUAAAUUUUACAUCUUAUCGUCAUUAUUCAUAAUUGAUCCGCAGUGUUGUGAAGAUGUAUAAAGCUGUUUAAAGUAAGAAUAAUCUAAUGUAUUAACUGAAAAUUGGAGUAAAUGAUAGUUGAUGAAGCUUGUUGCGCAUCAUUCAUUAUAGUUUCAAAUCAGAAUAUCGGAGGUAAUAUAGAAACAGUUGCCAAAUCUGUCCACUAGAGGGCACUAACAAGCAGGCUAGUGCAUGGUGAAACGGCUUUUAAACGUUGUUCUAAUGUGAGGCUUUUUGCAGCUAGAUUAAACAUCUAAUCAUGACAAAACUCAAUUAAUAAUGUUGAUUUGUUUGAUGUGUUCAGCUGGCUUUGGUAAUGUCUGUUGAUUAAGAGUCUGUGAAUGUGAGCAGAGCAAGGUGACUCACUGAAGCUGCUGAUUAACAAACUUCAAUCCACUUUGCGUCACCUUAAUAUGCAGUUUCUCCAUAUUUGUUAUUGAAAAUGUAUCAGUAUCAUCUUAAUUUGAAAAAAAAGAAGAAGAAUUUGAAGCCCAUUUCUCAGGUUACAGUAAGAUAAAGAUGAACGUAAUCACAGUGGCACACAUUGCCUCGGUGUAGUCUUAUUUCUAACAAUGGCACUCAUUCAGGGACAUAACCUUCACAGAUUUGGGUCCUAAAAUUCAAGAAAAAGUUUGCGUUUGAAAAAAAAAAAAUCACACAUAUUCUUGUUGAAACUCAUUUUGGUCACUGUAAUUGUUUCACCUUUAAAUGUCAUUCUCAAAGGCAGUGUUUGAGGAGAAAAACUAAUUUUCUUAUCUGUGUGAUCAAAAUAUAUAUACAUGCAUUUUUUUACUGACAUUUGAUUGAUCUCCUUUUACUGAUGGCUGAUGCCUGACCAGACAUUCAUAAAAAUGUCCCUCUGGUAUCUAAAGCCCUUUUCUCCACAGGUAUACAGAUAUUUUUGGAACAAGUUUUCCCCCUGUGUUAUGGCUUUAAGUCCUCAUGUAAACAAUGUUCAAGGUCUCUGAAAAUGGAGUCUUUAGAGAACAUCUUUCAAAGUUUUAAACUCUGUUUUGACAGUCUUCAUAAGGACAUCUAAAACAGAAGUUUAGGGGAAUGCUGAAUUUUAUUACCUCAGUUUGCACAACACAGCUGAUGUUUACAUAUCGGGCAUGUUGUAGCCUGUUGUAAAAUCCCUUACUUUGGACAUCACUUUCUUUCACAGUGAAACAAUCAAGAAUUUUAUUUGUCCAUGAAUUUCUUCUUGAUUUCGCCAUUUCUGCUGUUUACAAAUAUCACUCCCUCAAUACAAAUGCGAUCAGCGUUCUUCUACGAUGUCAAUCUGAUUACUGCCACCUACUGGUCUGGCAAGCUUAUAUAGGCAUUUCUAGCAAUUUUUAACUUGUGUGGAAAGAGAAAUAUUUUUCACCUUUGGAUGGGAGUUUUUUUAAUAACAGAGGAAAACACUUUUUAAAAAAAUAUCUAUUAAAAUUGGUCUAAUAUAUCCUGCAAAAUGUACUUACUUUUACUUGCUGCAAGGAUUCUGUGAUUUUUAAAUACAUAUUUACUUAAUAGAGUUUUUAUUUAUAUUCCUUACAUCAUGAGACUUAAUCCCGUAAUAUUAUAAGGACCUGUGUGAACACUAACUUGUGAAAUAUCAGGGGACAAGGUGCAUGUAAUAAUGAGAAUUGACGAUUAUCUUUGCGGCUCUGCCUACAGCUGUAUGGCUAAAACUAACAAUAGCUGUGCUGAUGUUCAAUAAAGCAGCGCAGCCUUGAGUGGGAUGAAGCUUUUAUAGUCAGUAAGGGUUUGUAAUUAUUUUCAAUCAUUCAGUCUAAUAGCACUCAUGUUAAAGUUACACUUGAAUAUCUGUCCGCACUCUCUCUCGACUCUAAUUGUAGCUGAGCUGCUUUCUAUCAAACUGUUUGUGCUUCUGUUAAUUUUGUAGUUUGUGAAAGGGAGUAUGAUUAGAAUUUAUUUGUCGCUGUGUGACUAUUUUUGUUCCUCUGCUGGCCUUGGUGAUUCUCUGGCAAAAUCUCGAUCAGUCAGUAAACUCAUCCUUUGCUGUUAUGUUCAGCAGCAUUAGUAAGAACAUCAGGAGCAUGUAGUUUAAAGUUCCUUUGAUGCUUGACUCUGCACCAAAACUAAUGAGAUGACUCUUACCCUGUCAGAGUAUUUAGUUGUGAUGAACAAAGGAGCUGCAUAGUGGUGCUGUGGUGAGCUGAAGCAGUUAGGGUUCCUGGUUUGAAUCUCAGAUGGGGCUUUUAUGUGUUGGGUAUGCAUGGUCUCCUGUGCAUGUGAGGGUGUUUUUCCAGAUACUUAGGCCAGACUUGCUCAUUAGUCUCUUGAUCACAUCUGGUUGUGUGUUCUUGUGCUGGCCGUGUGAUAAGCUUGUAACCUGUCCAGCUUGCACCCACCUCCGAUCAGUGGCAGAUGGGAUAGUGGAUGGAUGGUAGAAAUGAAAUACUUAUCUGGACUAAAGACUACAGUGCCUCGAAUGUCCUUUUGCAAAUAAUGACACAUGAUGAAUGAAAACUUGAAAGCUUUUAAGCUUUCAAAUGGAUGGAGGGUUUAAACUCUGCAUGCUAGCAGGAACCUCUAAGUGAUUCUGGCAAAUUAAGAUAAGCUUUCAAAGUGUGAUGCUGAACUACCUAAAUUUAAUCAAGGUAAACAAUCUAAAUUUGACUAAAUUUUUAAAGUCCACAGAUAUUAUAAAGAAAUAAAUUCACAUCCUUGAGCAUGGUUGUUUUUUCCCUGAUGUUGUUAACCUUAGUUUUGAAUUCUUCUAGUAGCUCGCUGCAACGUCUACAGAGUUAUCCUGCAGAGCAAUAAUGUGGGAUGAAUGCAUAUCAACAGUUUAUUUUAUUACUGAAGCUCAGAAAACAACGUUAGAGAAAGAAUCCCUGCAGAGACAGGCUGCCUUGGUAAGGACAGAGAUACUCAACACAGCUCUGUGAGUAUUGGUUUCAAAGCCACCAGACUCCAUUGACAAAAAUAUCAGUUUACAUCACAGCUACUAAUCUACUACUGACUCAGUUAGUGAGUUUGUUUAUAUUAUCAUGUGGCACUGGAUUGCUCUAUGGUGCAUAUAAAUACAAGUGAGUUAUUUAACACAACAACAGGAAGAAAAGCUCUUUUAGCUGUCAGCUGUAGGUCUGUCUCUGUGAGGUAAAAGCUCCGUUUUGUCAACAGAGCCUGGUGGCUUUAAAGAGAAAUACGUGUCUGUUGAAGAAUCUUUCUCCAGAAGAGGAGGUCUAGCUCUGUAAGGAUUCUUUUAUGUACCGCUGUCAAAUACUUGAAUGACAAUCUGAGCCCUUGAGUUAAAAAAGAGCUUUUAGAGGAUGUACUUUACUUUGAAUGGGUCAAUUGCCUCAAAUUAUUAUAAAACACUUUUACAGGCCACUUUGCAGCUCACUUGAGUAUUUCAUUUUUGUACCUCAAAAUCUUUGAGACCCCAGAAUAUGUCAACAAGAUGGUAUUAGGGAUGUUGUUGUCAAUGAUGCUGAUGUAGGCAGGCCAGUUUAGUGGCAGGACUCUUCUACUACAGAGCCAUGCUGUUGUAAUCCCUGCAGAAUGUGGUUUGUCAUUGUCUUGCUGAAAUAUGAAGGUCUUCCCUGAAAAAGUCUUUGUCUGGAUGGCAGCAUAAGUUGUUCCUAAACUUGUAGAUAUAGUUCAGCAUUAAUGGAGCCUUCACAGAAGUGGAAGAUACCCAUGGACACUGAUGAUCCCGAUACCAUCAGGGAUGCUGGCUUUGAACAGUGAGCUGAUAACAAGCAAAGAGGUCCCUUUCCUCACCUACAGGACAGCUCCCACUUUACUUCAGUCCAUCUAGGACGGCUCUGGCUGGGAGAAGUCGUUUCAGGAUCAAUUUUCUAUCUGGUUUUCUCUCUGUAUGGAUCAGUUUUUAUCUGCUUUUGUGGUUUUUGGAAGUGAUUUUGAGCUCAUGCCGUGAUUUCCAACACAGAGUCAUAUCUGUUUUCAAUGCUGUGACAUCUGGUUUUGGUCCUUGUCCCCUUUGUACAGGGUUUCUCUGAAGAAUUUACUAAGAAAUAUAUUCUAAAAUUAUUUGGUCCACUAUUUGAUCACACGGGCCCCCACAGAAGGGUGAAAUUCUCCAUAUGUUUGGAGGUGUUUCUCAGGAUAAUUUUAUCUAAAUUUACAUAACUUUGUUGAAACUAGCUGCUGCCUUCAAAUCUGAAAUGAAGAUUUAUUUUUCAUAGAACGGUUACAUUUUUAAGUGUGAACAUUUGACAAAUUGUCUUGGCACUAUUUUCAAUUGCACAUAGACUUUGAAUUGUUCAGUAAACAUUUUUCAAGGUUCCAAACUUCUUUUAAAAUUGAGGUUAUAAUUACUGCGUCCAUAUAAAAAAUAUAACAAAAUAAAAGUUCCCUUUAAAUGUCUUAUUUGAGUACUUUCAACCACCUCGCAGUCCUGGAAACAGUCUUAGACAGCAGCAUAACUACAAGUAUUUCACACUGGAGCUUUACAAUCCUGUUGGAUAUUUGUCUUCAGUCUCACCUCCCACUGUAAACACACAACAUAUACAGAAAUACAGACACACAUUUAGAGAGCAGUAGUAUCAGUAGUGUCAGCACCACCUCCAAGUUUACACAUUAGUAAUCUUUAAUUCCUCUUCGUCCUCCUCUUCAACUCACAGCUUUGUUUGCUCUCCCUGCAGGCUCUCUCUUUCUUCUUCUCUCUCGUCCUGCCUUCAUCCUCCAGCCACCGACGUCAGUGGAAGGUUUUUAUCCCCUCUGAUAUUCAGGUUAAUCUGAUUAUGAAGAUUUUCUCUGAGACGCCUCUUUGUCAAUGACGGCCAAAAUGGAGACUCCUUUCUAUCACGAUGAUUCCCCCGCUGUCCCCGGUUUCAGCCACAUCGCAGAAUACGACCGCUACCCGGGAAACAAGAUGCUGAUGAGCAAGAAGGCCAUGGCGAUGGGGGGUGGUCAUCACUUCUCCAGCGGUGGUGGAGGGGUGUCAGGGGGGAGAGGAGGGACCCACAACAAUUUAGGUCUUGGAGGUAACAGCUCCCUGAUGGCUUCUAUGGCAUCCUCAGCCGACAUGAACCUGCUGAAGCUGUCGUCUCCUGACCUGGAGCACCUGAUCAUCCAGUCCAACCAGGGACUGGUCACCACCAGCCCUGUGCCCAACCCUGCCAAUCCCUUCAUGUACCGCAACCAGGCCACCAAUGAGCAAGAAGGAUUCGCAGAUGGUUUCGUCAAGGCACUCGCCGACCUUCACAAGCAGAACCAGCUGGUUGGAGGCAGCCCCAUGUCCCCGCCCCCCUCGUCUUCUGUCUCCCUGCAGGCGUCCUACCAGAGAAACCUGAUGUCCAGUGGAGAAAUGCCGGUCUACACCAACCUCGGCAGCUACACCCCCAGCCAGAUGGCAUACUCUGGAGCACAGAUGGGUUACAGCAGUGGUUCAGGUCACAGCAGUGGUGGAGGCCCUCAACCCCACACUCGAGGCCUGGACGCCCCGCAGACUGUUCCUGAGGUCCCUCAUCCACCGGGUGACCCCACAUCUCCUCCGUCUCUCUCCCCGAUUGACCUGGAGACGCAGGAGCGAAUCAAAGCAGAGCGCAAGAAGCUUCGUAACCGCAUCGCAGCCUCUAAGUGCCGCAAGCGGAAACUGGAGCGGAUCUCUCGUCUGGAGGAGAAGGUGAAGGUCCUGAAGAAUCAGAACUCGGACCUAGCCUCCACUGCUGCAAUGUUGCGGGAGCAGGUCGCUCAGCUGAAACAGAAGGUCAUGAGUCAUGUUACAAAUGGCUGCCAGAUCGCUGUUGGGUCAAACACCACUGCAAAGUCUGGAGCAGGAGGGGGAGGGGCAGGCAGUGAGGACUCCAGCUGCUGAGGAGGCGGGGCUUCAGUGGGACAAAGACGUGAAAAUAACCUGAGAGGAAGAGUUGUCACAAUCAGAUUUCACUCGCACUCUGUCAGAGCGAGCAAUGAAGAAGACGGCGUCCCUGACGCCUUUACAGGACAGAUGGAUAUUUAACAGGAUUUACUCAGUCCAGUAAACCACUGUCAAUCAUCCAGCUGGAUGGGGCGGAGCCAACAGGAAAGGGGGCGGAUUAAUUCAUAACAUGGGCAAAAUUCAGAUUUCAACAUUUGAAUUUUGGUGAUGAAAUCUAAAAAAGGGAAGUUGAGAGAUUUGAACUGAAAAGGCUCUGAAUAACCAGAGUUUGACAUCGUAACCGGAGUUUGAACAGAAUCCACACGUUCACAAGAGUGUACUGAUUGAAUGAAGGGUUUCCAACACCAGGGUUUCUACAGUUUGACAGAAAUCUGUUAUUUUGGACGUCAUCAUCAUUGGAUUAAUUGCAGAGGAAACAUUGGAAACUAAAGUGUUUUAUUGAAGAGGCCAACAAGGUUUCAACAAAUGAAACUUCAAAUGAAUUUUAAAACUGCUUAAAGAUGAUUUCUGAUGUCGUUGAAAGAGAACUCAGAAAAGAGGUCAUCCAUAUUCUGUUGUCCAGUGAUCACAUGACUUUGUCACAGAUCGAGCCUGUUAUUAAAAUGUUCAUGUUCAAAUGUACAGUUAGUGUUUUCAGAAAGACUCUGGCCACAGAUUCUCCACACUCAGAGUGAUCAGAGCAGCGUUUGCCUCACUCUGCAGGUCUGUAACCUAAACUCAGAGCUGGCUGGUAAAAAUGGGGAUUUAUUUUUUAAUUUUUGAAAAAUGUAUUUGUGCUUUUUCUCUGUUGCCACUGGAAUUUGCAAACCUUUAAACAAAAAUUUAUUUUAAAAGAGUUCAUUGUUUUCUUUGUCAGCUGUCUGAUAUCAUCAAAACUGGGACAUUCCGAGUUGUUUAUCCACUAUCAAUGAUUUCUGCUGGAUUUUAAGAAAAUGGUGUCUAAAAAGAUGCACUCAAUCGAAGGACUUAGUGUAAUAUUCACUGUUUUGAGUUGUAAAAUAAAUUUCUGUCGUGCAAAGGUUUUUUUUUUCCAAUUCAAUAAUAUUCUAAAGAUAUAGUUCACCUUGUUUGUUUGCCAUUUCUUUUAUAACAGAAAGUAAUUUUUUUACACUAUGAAGAUGAAAAAAAUCUUUUGAAAUGUUAAUUUCACCUUAACUGACCAUAAAACUGAUAUGAAGAUUUAAUACCUUUAUCAUUUGAUUAAAUUUUGUUGUAUAAAAUUUUCUUUUUACUUCCCAGUUCCCACAAUAUAGAAGUAUAACAUAAUUUCAUUUCUUCAGAUUAUUUUCUGCAGGUUUAUACAGGGGGCAAUUUCUGCAUAGGAGAGACCAGAAAAACAGUAAAGGGAUAAAAAUGAUGUCACAAAAUGACCCAUCGGCUAAUCAUAGCAAAUUUAAACGACAACAACAGAUUUGAACAUUUUUUAUAACAACUGUGUGUGACUUGCUUUGGUUGUGGGUUUCUUUGGUGUCUUUAAAAACUAAAGAGACACUGUGAAGAGUUUUCAUGUUAUGUUGAUUCUGGGGAACUCAUCCGAACAAACCCAGGUCUGUUUAGCUGCAUUCAUCAGAGCAGUCUUAGUGGGAAUGGAAUAUAGUAUCCAUUUGGGCCGCAAAGUAUUUAAAACAACUUAUAUCUCAUUUUUUUCCUUCUGCAGUAUGAAUUUCAGAAUGAAGAAAUACAGGACUAUACCAGUGAAAUGCAAUAGUUAGUGAUUAGAAACAAUCAACCAACCAUAUUUGAGUCAUUGGGGGACCUAAUUUUUUGGGUGGGUUGGCAAAACUGUGACAAUGAGUUUUUGAAAAGAAGAGACAGGUGUGGUAAACAUUAGGGGCUUACACCAAGUCUGGGCAGGUUAAGAGAGAGGUUUAACCAAAGUCACAAUUUAGAGUACAGACACAAGAAAGUGUUUUACUUCAAACUGCAAAGGAGCCACUGGCAGCCUGUUGAAACAAGUCCAAAUAGUAACUCAAACAAGGUAAAUAGCCGUUCAUCGUGUGGGAUUUCAGGGGGGCCAGUGAGUGAAUGAAAUUUUGGCCACCCCCUGACUCUGCCGCUGAUAUUUUUUAAAUCUUUCAGUCUUUUUAGUUGUUUCAAGUCAAAACUUUCUCCGACAAUCAUCUGUCAUCACACUGCGGUCAGCCCUCUGAUAACAGCUCUGACACCUGCACAGACAGGAGUGGAGAAGUACAGGUGCAGCACCUUAUCACUACAUUAAGUUACAAAUAAACACAGUUGACUCUUGUACACAGAAUCAAUAAAUUCUGCAGGGGUUAAAAAUUAUGUUUGAUCCACAUCACAAGCUGUGGGAAACUUAUGAUUUAACAAUUCGUCGUCUUCUGUGUAUAAUUUUCACAUCAUUCACACGCACUGUAGGCGAGCUAAAAGUUCAAACUCUGGUCCCAUUGGUUUAGUAGUCCUCUUGUGUGCCACUAGCAUAAACAUGCACCAAGCUUCUGGGGUAUCUGUGAUAGUGGCAGCAUAGUGACUCGUGUGCAUGUUUACAUUCUACCCUUAUAUUACACAUACGGACACUGCCUGCACCAUGGUCAGUUUCUUUAAGUUUUUAAGACAGGCUGCAGAUAGAUGAAAAUUUGGCAUGAAUUAAUCCUGGACCACGAGGAAGUGGGGACGACAUGACAUCUUGAGAUCAUAUGACUGAUAUCGCACAUCCUACGGUCUGACUAUUGCGCACAUUGCUAUUGCAGCUCUAAGACGUGAUUUUUUUCGUACAAAUUUGAAAAAUUAGUAACAUUUUUGCCUUUUCAUCAAUUUUUUUCUGAUUGACCUUGAUUUUGUCUUUUUUGAGAUACCUGGCUGGCAGAAGAAUGAUCUGGUCUUUGGUACUUGAAAUCCGUUAAAGUCUUUGGGAACAGUUUUUAAAUUGUGUUGAUCCAGGCGAUCUCUUUGGACAAAACCAACAAUGACGUGAACCAUCACUGAAGUUAGCAGUUACCAGUUUAUACACAUAGCCACGAAAAAGAAAUAAAGUUAAUUUACGGGGAAAUUACUAUUUUUAGUACCUAAUUCUAUUUAUAUAAAUGUUAUGUAAAUUUUUAGGCCAGUAGCACACUAAAACCGCAGAUAUAUUACUGCUAAAGAUGACAUGUAAUAAUUAGACUUUAAAUGACUCAUGAAAUAUAAGCUGAGAGAAUAAGAAAGGAGUCGUUGGCAAUUCUUGAACAAAUAUUUAUUUUGUUUUAACUUGAACUGGGCUUAUAAUGUCUUCAAGUCUAUUUUUGUAAAAAUACAAACACAAAAUGUUAAUUUCCUGACAAGAAGUGUGUGUGCAAGCUGUCCUUAUUUAUUAUGAAAAUGUACCUUUUGUUCAAAAUGUGUGUUUAUUUGCCUCACACUGUUCUGCUGUGAUGAGAUGUUUGUGUCAAUAUACAGUAUAAGUGAUCAAACAGUCACCUGUGUUCGGUUUGCAGUUUUUGAAUUCAGAGUUAAAUUGUGGUACGUUUUUUCUUUAUAUUUUUCGAAAUAGAUUUAACUGAGAUUAUCGUGAAAGUACUCCAAAUAACACUAUCAGGAACUCUGGGGUUUAAGUAUGCUUUGAUAGUUUACGUUUUACUUAAUGUCAUUGAUUAAGUAAUUCAGGUUUCUUUCACACCAGAGCUGUUUGGUCCACUUUGAAUGAACUCUGGUCUGUUUCCUCAGACAGCUCAGUAUGUCUGAAGUGGUGUGAAAGCUCAUUUGAGGUGUGGUGCAGACCAAAAGAAGUGAACUCUGGUCUUCCAAAAAAAACCCUUGUGCAGUUUGUUUGAGGUGUGAAAGCAAAGCGGAUGAACUAUAAACCAAAAACCAGUGAGCAGCAAUUGACAACAACGUCAUAAUCCAAGACGGCAGCGCAGUGCAUUAACAGUAAAGAGUAACAGUGAAAGCUCUCGUAAUGUAUUAUUUAUAAGCACCUCUGUUUUGUUUUUGUGAAAUUGGUGGUGGUAUAUGUUGUACAGCCCAACAUCUAACUGUGAACACGAUGCUAUAGUGUUUGUAAGAGUAAAAUACUGUGUUAUGUGUUGUUUACAACUAGUAUAGCUAACAACAACUAACAACAGCUGACAACGGCUAACAACAGCUAACAAUUGUAAACAACAGCUAACAACUGCUAACUAUAGGCGUCCAUCUUGAUUUUCUGACUUGUUAACUGGAACGCCGUCAACUUGGGUGUAAUGUCAUUCCCAGCUCCGACUCCCGAGGCAACUGUAACGCAGCAUUAAUGUAGCUAUUUUUACUUCGUUAUGAAGUACUUGGACUGUCUGUCCAGGUCUGAAACCUGUCAACACCUUGUUCAAGAAAGGGCAUGAAGAGCUCUCAAAGAUAUGUAAGUGUGUGAUAAUUGAGAGUUUGUAGGGAGGCUUUAGAGUGUAAAUUAUACCAAAGCUGACGGUGGGAGAAACAGGCCCUCUAUUUCCAGCUCCUGCUCUGACAGUGAACAAAAGCAUUUUUCCUUGAGUGAAUGAUGCUUCACAAGAUGAUUUCUUUGAUCGAUGAGUGAAAAUCUGAGUAACCUCAAACCAUAGUCCAUUAAGCAGGAAAAACAGACUAAAUGUAAACUAAAGGAAAUGAAUACGACUGUCCACAGACUUCUGACUGUACGGUGUGUUUGAUCAAUUUACUCUCUGAGGCUUUCACUUGUUCAACUCAUCGAUGAGUCACCAGGAUGAAGUGGUUUCUCUCUCGGUGAAUCAGAGCUCCAGGAACAACACAGCCCUUUAAAAUUAACUCUACUUGUUAAUCAUACCUCUUCAUGCUGUAUAUAUUCAGUUGAGUCUUACCAUAGAGUGCUGCCACUCUCAUUAACAUCAAUGAUUGGUGCUUCUCUUUUUUAAAUGAUUAAAAUUAUGGUUUUACUCCAUGAUAAACCAUCAGAUCCAUUAGUAGAUCAGUGUCUGACUACCUGAUGACACACUGAUGACAUCCUUGUGCGUCAGAGGGAAAUCAGACGGGACCUUUCAAGAAGCUCUGACUAAAAACACUAACUAUGUGACCUUUAAUUCAACUGGUGUUUCUUGGAAAGGAAACUGUUCAACAUCAUUGAUAAACUGAACAUUUUUCUUACCUAAAUAAGUAAAAUAAUCAGGACUUUUUUAAAAACUUAGUUGGAUACAACAGAGACAGAUAUGUUCAAGUUUGGGCUCUCGUUGAAGAUGGAGUUUAACUGAGUCACCUAAGUUAAUGACAGUAUUUAUGGAAAUCCUUCAAUGAUAAACCACCACACUGUUAUCAGUCAAACACAUAGUAGAGGUCAGUACAGAAAACCUCAAGAGCCUUAAGAGUCCUCAGCGUAACCUUCAAUCAAGCAACACAAACCUCCUCAGAGGGUACAGAGUUGACUGUGUACGUAUUUUUAGACAUGGUUUUUAUAUUCUGCACUUCUUACGCUGA